AUGCUGUAUCCAUUAGUAGAGUCAGCUCUUCCAGAAGAUCUUAUAAAAGAGUGGGAACGAACACGUAGCAGAGUUGAAAAUAAAGUCAAGCCGAAUAUUUUGGGAAACUUGUUAGAAUUUCUUCGAUCGGAAGUCGAGAGUGAUGAGAGAUUACAACUUGCUCGAUCCGGUUUUGCGAAGGAUCAAGAGUUUCAAAGAAUUAAACCGAAAGAUAAAAUUCCUACGGCAGCUUGUAUUGUAUCUAGUGAAAAGAAAAGAGCUGAAAAAAAUGACAAGCACAACAUUUCCGUUUUAGAUGAAAAGAAAAUAUGUGGUGCUAUUCCUCGUGUAAGUAAUCCUGACAUUUUUCCCAUUUUGAAGAGAAAAAAUAUAGAAUUAAGUGAUACAGGGGAAGACACUCCUGAAAUAGAUUUAUUAAUAGGAGCAGAUUACCUUGGUGUAUUGCUGACGGGAUCCAUUGAACACAUUGAUAAAAAUUUAGUAGCCAUAAAAACAAAACUCGGGUGGACACUUCAAGGUAAACAAACGAAACAGUCGAAAUCUUUGGAGAAUAUUAUUUAUGUUGCCAAUUUAGAUUUGACGGAAUUAUGGAGUCUAGAUGCCAUCGGUAUACGAGAUCCUGUAGAAAUUAAAUCAAGGCAGGUAGCCGAUGAAGAAACAGUUGAAUUUUUCCGUAAAACUAUUAAGAGAAAUGAAGACAAGAGAUAUGAAGUAUGUUUGCCAUGGAAAAGUGGAUAUCCAGAGUUAGAAAGCAACAAAGAAUUAGCCACUAAGCGUUUGAUGUCAACUACAAAAAAUCUUAUUCGAUCAGGACAUUUAAGCGAAUAUGAUGAUGUGUUUAAUGAAUGGAUUCGAGAGGGAAUUAUCGAAAUUGUAAAUGAAGAUAAGAAUAAAGGACAUUAUUUACCUCAUCAUCCUGUAAUAAAGACUGGAGAUACAACUACAAAGAUUCGCCCUGUUUUCGAUGCCUCAGCAAAAGACUCUAAAGGAAAUUGCUUGAAUAAUUGCUUAGAAAAGGGUCCAAAUUUAUUAGAAUUAGUACCAAAAUUGAUAAUGCAAUUUCGCAAAAAUGCUAUUGGAAUAACAUCAGAUAUUAAAAAGGCCUUCUUACAAAUCAGUUUGAACCCAAAGGAUAGAAAUUACUUUAAGUUUUUAUGGUGGAAAGAUUUUUCAAAAAGAGAGGAAUUGAUCACCCUGAGACAUUGUCGAGUGGUAUUUGGUGCUUCUCCUAGUCCAUUUUUACUUGAGGCAACGAUAGCUCAUCAUCUAGAGAAUGUCUCAGAUGGAAGGAAGGAAACAGCUCGUCAACUUCAAAAAUCCUUUUAUGUAGAUAACUGCAUAACUAGUUUAGAAACUAGAGAAGAGGCAGCCAAAUUUAUUUCUGAAGCUAAAGAACUAAUGUCUGCAGCCAAAUUUGAUUUACGAGGUUGGGUUACUUCUGAAGAAAUUGUAGAAGAAACACAAAAGAGAUAUAUUCCAAUACUAGGACUUUCCUGGGAUACUGAAAAUGAUGAACUUUCUUGUAACAGUGCUAUAAAAAUUUCAGAAGAAAAUAUAACCAAACGAACAUUAUUAUCUAUUGCUCAAAGAAUUUACGACCCAAUAGGAUUUACAAGUCCAACUGCUCUAAUUCCAAAGAUCAUUCUACAAAAAACAUGGAAAAGAAAAAUUAAUUGGGAUGAUGUGCUUCCACCAGAUAUAUGUAAUGAAUUUUUAGACUGGUACAAACAUGUAAAUCUGCUAAAAGAUUGCAAAAUUCCAAGAAGACUCAUUUCAAAUCCCUUUAAAGAUUGUCAGAUAAGUCUUCACUGUUUCAGUGACGCCAGUGAAGCCUCUUAUGCUGCAUGUAUUUUUUUACGUGCUGAAUAUAACGGGAAAGUUUCAGUUCAAUUAGUGGCAAGUAAGUCAAGAGUGUCACCAACAAAGGAAAUUACAAUUCCUCGAUUAGAACUGUUGGGAGCUCUUAUAUUAUCCCGAUUAUAUUGCCAAGUGACAGAUGGACUUGAGGUAAAUUUUAAUGAAGUAUACUUUUGGACUGACUCGACUGUUGUCUUAACUUGGAUUAAACGGGAUAGUUCUUGA